CUUAUUGGAGGUGGUUGGACUUGGGGGCUAUGAGAGAGCCAUGAAAAAGACUGCGAAAGAUCUGGAUCAAGUGCUUGGAGGAUUGUUAGAGGAGCACAAGGGUAUGGAAGGAAAUCAUGAUAAAGAUGAUCAUGAGGAAGAUUUCAUGGACGUGAUGAUUUCCAUUCUUGAUGGCGAUGAAGAAAUCUCCAGUUAUGAUGCCCAUACAAUUAUCAAAUCUACAUGCCUGGCUUUCAUUUUAGGCGGCUCUGAUACAACAUCAGUGACAAUGACAUGGGCUCUGGCUUUACUUCUAAACAAUCGAGAAGCUCUAAGAAGGGUCCAACAAGAACUGGACGAUAACGUUGGCAGAGAAAGGCAAGUAAGGGAAUCGGACGUAAAGAACCUUGUUUACCUCCGUGAUGUUAUGAAAGAAACAUUACGAUUAUACCCCGCUGGACUGCUCUUAUUAGGGCCACAUGUAUCAUUGGAAAAUUGUACCGUCGGCGGCUACCACAUCUCAGCAAGCACACGUCUCUUGGUUAAUGCUUCAAAGCUUCAUCGAGACCCGAAUGUGUGGUUAGAUCCAUGCGGGUUCAGUCCGGAAAGAUUUCUCACACCUCACAAAGACGUAGAAGUCAAAGGCCAGAACUUCCAAUUGAUAUAUUCGGCGCCGGGAGAACUUCCAACUGUUUUUCUUUUUUCCUUCUCCCAAAAUCUUGCAUAUUCUUUUUAUAAAUUAUGCUCUGCUUAA